UCCACCGGCGGCCACCUUCCUCCACCGGGAAAACCUGAGUAAAAAUUGCGCUUUUUGUUUCAGUUAGGUUCGAAUAUCGACUAGAUUCCAUAGCUGAGACUUUUUGCUAUUUUGGGAACAAAUUUAUAUAGUUUGGAGCUUAAGCUUUGGAGAGAAAUCUCGGGUUGCUUCCAGUUUCGCGGAAGAUGUCACUUUUCAGGCUCUCUAGAAGAGUCAAUCCUUUACUUUCUUUAAACAGGACUCAUCAUUAUCCACUUUCCACAUCCAGGGAAUAUCUUGAAAUUGUAGCGUCAAAAGAUAUAAAUCUUGGGGCAAUCAACAAUAAAUAUGGACAAAUCUUUGGUUUUGGAUAUCGAGGUUUCACAUCAAGAUGUGAGCUUAACAAAUCUACUCUUCACAACUGCAAAGGGCCCUCCUUUUUGAGAUGGCAGAGUACAGUUAGGUCUUGGCCAGUGUUGAAUCUUCGUCAUCAUUAUGCAACUCAGGCUACUGCAACAGAGAAUAAAUCAAGGAAGAUGCUCUUUUAUUUGGUGGGUUUAGUUUUUGCUAUGGUAGGGGCUAGCUAUGCUGCAGUUCCUCUGUACAGGAGAUUCUGCCAAGCCACGGGAUAUGGAGGUACAAUUCAACGUCGGGAGAGUGUUGAAGAAAAGAUUGCCCGACAUGAGAAAGAUGGAAGAGUUACUUCUAGGGAGAUUGCAGUACAAUUCAAUGCUGAUGUAGCAGACGGGAUGCCUUGGAAGUUUACUCCAACACAGCGUGAGGUAAGAGUAAAACCAGGAGAGAGCGCUCUUGCGUUUUACACUGCUGAAAAUCGAAGUUCGACUCCUAUUACAGGUGUAUCAACAUACAAUGUGACCCCCAUGAAGGCUGCUGUGUAUUUCAAUAAAAUACAAUGUUUUUGCUUUGAGGAACAGCGAUUGCUUCCCGGGGAGCAGAUUGACAUGCCUGUUUUCUUUUACAUUGAUCCCGAGUUUGAAACCGACCCCAAAAUGGAUGGCAUAAACAAUUUGAUCCUAUCAUACACAUUCUUUAAGGUCUCGGACAAAUAAAGAAGCUGCAUUGCUCCCGCACCUGGGUGUGGUCACCACCAGAUAUGUAAUUUACUGCAGCAAUAACUUGAUUUUUGUGGCUGACAAGGGAAUGAGCAGUGAAAACAUUGUUUCACCUGUAGUUUGUGUUAUUACUGGACCAAAAAAAUCAUUUAUCAUCCUACUACAAUAAUUUAAAAGAGAACAUAAAAAUAUGAA